CCACCUGCGAUAUCAGUUUACCACGGCAACUCUCGACUUUCGACUUCUUGAUCCGUAGCGAUACCUGCACGUAUACAACGAAUUAGCAAGUGCAUCGUAAGCGCGCCUCGUAUAAAAGCCAAGCAAGCUUUGGAUCGCGUCGGCAGAGUUAGCUUGCGCGCAAAUCGCGAUUUCAACGACCGCGCGAUGGAACGCUGGGCUGGCAAAGUCGCCGUCGUCACGGGCGCGAGUGUCGGCAUUGGAGCCGCUAUUGUUAAACAGCUUCUGAAAGAUGGUUUAAUCGUAGUCGGGCUGGCAAGGAGAGUAGAAAAGAUGAAAGAAUUGGUCGAUGAUCCCGAGGCGAAAUUACAUGCCGUUGAAUGCGACAUAACGAAUGAAGUCAAUGUUAUUACUGCUUUUGCUUGGAUCAGAGAAAAUUUUGGCUCCAUUGACGUGCUCGUCAACAACGCUGGUUUCACAAAAGAAUCCACAUUGUCUGAUGGUAGUCUGGAGGAUUGGCGUGUCGUUUUCGACGUGAACGUGCUUGGGUUGUGCGUUUGCACGCGCGAGGCCGUGCGCUCGAUGCGUGAAUCCAACGGGGAGGCUGUAAUUAUUCACAUUAGCAGUCUGGCAGGGGAGAGAGUGCCAGCGGUGCCUGGUUUUAACGUUUAUCCGGCCACAAAACGUGCCGUAAAUGCCCUCGCGCACACCCUACGACAUGAGCUUGCAGGCACGAAAAUUCGUGUUUCGACAAUUAGUCCCGGCGUAGUAGCAACGGAGCUUUUAGCUAAUUACUCCACUUUCACAUCAGAUAUGUUACAAGCAUCACCAACUCUAAUGCCAGAAGAUGUUGCUCAAGCAGUAUUUUUCAUUCUCUCGUUACCUCCGCACGUUUUGGUCCAAGAUAUUAUUCUACGUCCCUUAGGCGAAUCUUGGUAAAAGAUAUUCAGUUAUACAACGUAAAAUAUUGCUAAAAUUAUUUCACAUUUGAAAUUUUCAAAAUGAUGCACCUUGAUUCUCAUACAUAUAUUAUAUAUUCUCACGUUAAGGCUAAAAAUUAAUCUCUAUUCGUAAUAUUAAUAAAGCUUAAUUACCGUUGUAAAUAAUAUCAAACUGUUUUGAUUCUUGUAAAAGUUUUGAUAUGAAUAUUACGAUCUUUAAAUUAAAAAUUCUAAGGAAUAUACAAUAUAUUUUUAUACAAUAAAGAAUAUUAUUUAUUCUAAAACAAAUAAUAAACAAAGAAAACGUUAUUGUACAGCAUAUUUAGAAAAAGUAAAGCUUAGAAAAUUAAGAAAGAAAUUUAUUUUCAUCGGGACUUCAAGCGGUAAAAUAUAUAAUAACAAUAUUUUAAAUCACAACAGUUGCAGGAGUUUGAGCAGUAAGUAUACUGCAUUAACCGCAUCUUUGCGAUUCAAUACCAGUCGAGGUUUUUCUUGCAAGGUUGAUCGGGGCAUGUCAAUGUCUAUUAAUUCACGUACGAUACUCUUAAAACAAAAAGAAAUUCAUCGUAUAUUCAAUUAGGAAACAAUUCAAACCUUAGGCGAAAUUAGAGCUCAUAAGUAAUCCAUUCAACUCGCAAUAAGUUUAACAUUGGGCUGCAUAUGAGAUAAUUUGUUCGAAGGUGAUCGGUCAAUCCACGAAGAGCGUGUUUAGUAAUUGCGUGUCUGAUGGAGAUGGGACGAUUACAGUGCAUCAUGUGCCAAGCGCAAACAUCGUUUAUGUUUACUAAAUUACGCUUAAAUGUGGUACUAAGUGCAUCAUUACAAUUUUAUUUUAUUGUUACUUACACGAGGAAAUUUAGCGGAGGACACAAAGCUUUAGUAUUUAACUUGAAUGUAUAGGAUCAGCUAAGCUUUUGUUAUGUUGAUACAUUUUCUUUUUACAGUAAAUUAAAUUUUAUUGAAGAUCAAUACAUAUUUUUUAACUUGCUUUAUGGGAUCUAAAUUUAAAAACUGUAUCAAACUGACAGCUUUUAAAACAGUUAAAAAUACUAAUAAAUCUAUAAGUUGAAAAAAAGCCACUUUAAUGCAUAUUGCAUUAUACUAUAUUAUAAUAUUAUCAUCGAAAAAAUACAGAGCUUCCAGCCACGCUUUAAACGUUUUUUGCAUAUAUUCGUAUGUGAAUGAACAUUUUUUUCACACAUUCUCGGUGGAACUUUGAAGAUGUUUUGGAGUUCACAUAAUUAUCAUCAUUUCAAACUAUAUACUCCAAUGGAAAGUUUACUUACUCUUUUCUUGAGAAGUCUUAACAGAAGAGUCUAAAUGAGAAGACUAGUAAUAAGAAGAACAGGGCUAAUUGAAUAGCCAAGACAAGUAAGCGGCAGUGUAAUUAAUUCACAUCCUCAACGUUUUUUUCAAUACAUUUCAUAUUUUUUAAUAUUACAUGUUCAUUGCUUAAACUAUAUUGUACAGACAUGAGUUU